AUGGCAAUUGCUGCCAUUUGCGUAGCAGUCCUCAGCUUGUGCAUUAGUGACUCGUUGGUGGUCUCCAGGGAGCUAUUGCCAUGGGAAUUAUGGACGACUCGUAAGACGACGGCAUAUCAGCCAUAUCAGCCACGAACGAAAGCUCCGAAAACGCUGAGACCACCCCAUAACUGGGACUGGAUGUUAACGGAUGCUCCAUCGGGACCACGUACCUUUGCCACCGUGAGACCACCGAGAUACACUGCUUAUGAUGUGAAAACACCGGAGUGGACUACGAGAUUACCUUGGACAUAUGCGCCAAGAACAACUGGUACGAUGAGACCCCCGAGGUACACUACACCAGCUGAAGUGGAAACCACUCCGGAGCCAGAACCGGAGGGGCCGUUUGUGUCGGGAUGCCAGGGGGGCCAGAUCCCCGAGGAGUGGAGGGAGAAAAUCCUUGCAUUCUUCAACGAACAUCGACAAGCUCUGGUCAGGGGUGAAAUUGACAAAGAAGGUGGUGGGAAGCUUCCGAGAGGAAACGUAAACAAAAUGCCGAAAUUGAAAUGGGACUGCCAGCUGGAGAAAGAAGCUGAAAAAGCUAUGGAAAAUGGCACAGUCAAAGAAGACCACCCAACCUAUGGUGUUCUUGCGGGCAUUCAAGGAUUGUCUACAUUCUAUGUAAUGCCCUAUGAGUACGAAACGGACGUCGAGGAAGUGUUGCAAGGUUGGUGGGAUGCAGCCGGAACGAUGGGAAACAACAAAGAGUUAGAUGAUGAACAUUUCAACAGGCCAUUCCAAAACUUUGCAACUAUGGCUUACAACAAAGUCACAAAGAUUGGAUGCACAUCCAGAAGAUCACCAAGGCAAUGUCUCGCCGUCAACGUAUGCGUUCUGGAUGCGAAAAUUCGUUUUUACCAGAAAAUUUACGAGUGA